AUGAAUCGACUUUUUUUCCGACACCUUUCAAAUUUAACUAAAAAACAUGAUUUUUUAAAAAUAAAUCAGUUGAGGCAAAGGGGUCUUCUUCUGACCAAUCUCACUCCAGAAAUACUGGAUUCUAAUGAUUCUGUUGUAAAAUUAUUCUCUAAAUGUAAUAUAAACAUUUGUAAUGACGAUGUGCAUAUUAUGAGGACCAGAUUCGGUUAUCCUCUGGGAAAGGCUUUAGUUCUGAUUGACCGAAUGACACCCAACUAUGAUUUUAAAUUCGAUAACCCGAACAAUGACUCAGAAAAAUCUUAUGAAAAUUUAUUUCAACCGUCUAAAAACUUAGAUUUUACCAACACAACUUCUCUCAGACUUGUAUAUAACUCAAUAAUUGAAAACCUGCCUAAGGAAUCUAGCGCCUACUUGUGUGACGAACAUGAAGUUUCCUGCUAUGUUGAACAGUGUGAAAGACUUUUAACACUGCCAAAUGAUUUAAGGAGACUUUCCAACCCUGAUCUUCUACACAGAGUAGUUACGAUAACCGGAGCACCAAGAUCAUAUGGAAGAGUAGAACUCUCGAAUGUUAUAUUCGACAUUACCAAGGUCCAAGUGGAUCCGAAAAAUAUAAUAUUCCGCUUCAAAGCCAAUGGUGAUCAAGACUCAUUGGCUUGGGUAAUUUGCAAUUCCGACAAGGAUGUUAACACUAUAAUAUCUAAGAUCCAGGAAGUCCCGAUACCAAGGCGAUACCAAUAUGGAAGUUUAAUGGGAGCUUCAUUUCUCUAUUCCUCUAGAAGCUCAUUUUUCUUAUCACAUCCGUCACUUGAUUUUAUAACAAAUAGAAGCAAAUAUCAGAUAUUCACAAUGGGUUGGCACUCUGACGUUGAUGAGGCUGAGCUAAGAACCCUUACUGACAGCCUCAAGUUUUAUCCUAAAGAAAUAAAGAUUUUCAAAAUAGACUCCAAAGACCCUGGAAAGAGCGAAACUUGCGCUUUCUUGGAGUUCGACAGGAUGAGAAACACAAAAAAAGUCAUGGUCAGACUCCAAAUGAUCAAGAACAGGUGGAAGAUUCCAGAUCACUCGGGAUUUUACGCUUAUCCAAGAAUAGCUGAUGUGUGGUGGAAGUCAGACAAUGGAUGCCAUUAUAAUGAUUCACAUUUCAACGCUGAUCUUGAUGAACCUGUAGAAUACUAA